CAAGCAUUUGAAGAAAUAAAAGCAUGUUCGCUUUUGAUAUUAAAGGAAUUGCGUCAUUGACGUUACUGUCUGCGUCCAACGCGUAGCUACCAUAGCAACCCAACUAAACAGGAAACUCUACACAGAGCGGUCGUUACAAAUCAUCGAAAAAGAAAUGUCAAGACCCCAGACAUCUCAACAACAAGCGCACACGGAACAGGCAUCUGUUGCUUUUGGUAACUGGGCACUUCCAAAGCUCUGUAAGGAGCUGCAGGACGAUGAUCUGGUCACCCGGCAGAGGGCGCUAGCUGCACUCUGUGACAUCGUGCAUGACCCUGAGCGGGCAUUUGAAGCCAUUCUCAAUGGAUGUAUGGAAAGACUUAGGGAGUUGCUGCAAGAUGAAUUAUGCAGGAUCAAAACUGUUGAAGUGCUUUACGUGCUUGCAGCACAGAGUUUGGGAAGAGAUGCAUUUUUUAAAUAUGACAUGAUGGUACCCCUCGCAAACCUGUUGGAUGACCCUGUAGACGCCUGCCGAAAAAACGUGCAUCAAACCCUCAACAGGAUGGCUGAAUUUCCCUCAGGAGCAGUAUUCAUGGUGUCUAUGGGGCUGGUGCCUAGACUGGUGCUGAAGAUCCAAGUGGAAGCAGAGGACAUUCGUGCUUUAAUUUUAUCCACAUUAAGCAGUUGCAUCAUGGUAAAUGCCCAUCCUGCUAUAGAAUGUGAUAUAAUACCUGUUUUGAGAGAUCAGCUUUCUCACACCUCCUCGGACAUCCGCCAGGCAGCCACAUCUGCCUUAGUAGGAAUCAGUGUUCCUGCACGUGGUAAGACACAAGUGUGUGAAGAGGAUCUUCUGCCCUUGAUGGUCAACCUGCUGUCGGAUAGUGAUCAAGUGGUCAUCGCUAAUGCUGCGGGGACCAUUAUGAACACAGCUGUUAUCACCAGAGGUAAGCAUGAGGCGUUGAAAGCAGGUGCCAUCACCCCUCUUCUGCGGCUGGUGGUGAGUGAGAACAGAGCGGUGUGUGCCAAUGCCCUCCGUGCCCUUACAGUCCUGGCAGAGGUUCCUAGUGCCAGAGCUCAGCUGCUGGAGCAUGUGCCUCUGCUGAAGACCAGACUCCAACAUCCUGACUCCAUCAUUCAAAGAGCCGCAUCCACAGCCAUUGAAGUCAUCUCCUGGAAGCCAUGAGGGCAAAAAAGAUCUUUAGCCAUAUUGUGAUGAAUACUUUAAUUAAUUGUUCAUGUCUUAGAGCCACAUAAAAA